AUGGCGGGAGCCUCCAUGCUGCAAACCGCGAGCACCAUCAGCUCAGCCUGCACGGGGGUCUACACGGAUAUCCCCUUCGACGCCAUUCAGAAGCUGUUCCCAGAUCACCAGGCGCUCCAAGUCUUUCUGACACCGGCGGAUGUUGGCCAUGCCGGUAUGCGACGUGCCCGCACCUUCAUCUACUUGCGACACCGUGAACGAUGCCAAUACUUGUGGGAUAUCUACGAUACCUUGGCGGCAGUUACACGCGUGAUCAGCAAAACUGUGAAAACCAAGCCGAGCGACUACCUCAUUUCCAGCCCGCAGACCAGGUCUCUAGAAGCCGCAAUCUUCUCGAGGAAGCGCAAAAUGGCGGAGACCAACAUGUGGUACCUCCUGAACGAUCGAGAAAAACAGGUGGUUCGCCAGCUGGACAGUCACUACCACCACAAGUUUGACCAACCGGCCCGCGAAGACCAAGAGCUUUUCUACUUUCUGGGAGACCGCUACGAAUUUUCGCGUACCUGGUCUGCAGUCCGACCUCAAGCGCUUCCGACCUAUCGAAAAAACGCCGGCAAGUACUUGCACCGGCAGUCGAUGACCUUUUUAACAUCCCAAGAGAAGUUAGCAUCAUUGGGGUGGCCAGUCACAGCUGAAACUGCAAGUGAAGCUGGGACAACUCCCCUACCAUCCCUAGACGCCCUUAGGAGCGACAUGAUGGCGGGGAACUCGAUGCACUUGUCUUGUGCAGGAGUCAUCCUUUUUUGUGGGAUGUGCUGUUUCGGGGUAACCCCUGGCACAUCACAAUAG